AACACGGCGACAUCAGCGGCACCUAGGCAGCAGAAUCAUCUAAUACAACAGACAAACAUCGCGACUUCACUCCUGCCUCCCCGGACUACGGGCAGCUCUCUUCAAGGCUGGCUGUAACUCAAUGAGAGCGCAGCGAUGGGUAAGGAGAAGCUCCAUAUUAACAUCGUGGUCAUUGGCCAUGUAGAUUCAGGAAAGUCCACCACCACUGGCCACCUCAUUUACAAGUGUGGAGGCAUCGACAAGAGGACCAUUGAAAAGUUUGAGAAGGAAGCUGCAGAGAUGGGAAAAGGCUCCUUUAAGUACGCAUGGGUCCUUGACAAACUGAAAGCUGAGAGAGAGCGAGGCAUCACCAUCGAUAUCUCCCUGUGGAAGUUUGAGACCAGCAAAUACUACGUUACCAUCAUUGAUGCACCAGGACACAGAGACUUUAUUAAGAACAUGAUCACUGGCACUUCACAGGCAGACUGUGCUGUGUUGAUUGUAGCGGCUGGUGUUGGUGAAUUUGAGGCUGGUAUCUCAAAGAACGGGCAAACACGUGAACAUGCCUUGCUGGCGUACACUCUCGGUGUUAAACAAUUGAUCGUGGGCGUCAACAAGAUGGACUCUACAGAACCCAAUUACAGCCAGAAGCGCUAUGAGGAGAUUGUGAAGGAAGUCAGCACUUAUAUCAAGAAAAUUGGCUACAACCCUGAUACUGUGGCAUUUGUUCCCAUCUCUGGAUGGAAUGGGGAUAACAUGCUGGAGGCCAGCCCAAACAUGACAUGGUUCAAGGGCUGGAAGAUCACCCGAAAGGAUGGAAGUUCCUCUGGGACGACUCUGUUGGAGGCUCUAGAUGCCAUUCAGUCUCCAACCCGCCCCACUGACAAACCCCUCCGACUCCCUUUGCAGGACGUCUACAAGAUUGGAGGAAUUGGUACAGUGCCUGUGGGACGUGUUGAGACAGGCAUUCUGAAACCUGGCCUGGUUGUGACAUUUGCCCCUGUGAAUGUAACCACUGAGGUGAAAUCUGUUGAGAUGCACCAUGAGGCACUUUCUGAAGCUCUUCCCGGCGAUAAUGUGGGAUUUAAUGUGAAAAAUGUCUCGGUCAAAGAUAUCAGACGUGGAAAUGUUGCUGGUGACAGCAAGAACGAUCCUCCACAAGAGGCAGCAAGUUUCACUGCUCAGGUGAUUAUUCUGAACCAUCCGGGUCAGAUCAGUGCUGGUUAUGCCCCUGUGCUGGACUGCCACACUGCUCACAUUGCCUGUAAGUUUGCUGAGUUGAAGGAGAAGAUUGACCGUCGCUCUGGGAAGAAGCUGGAAGACAAUCCCAAGUCCCUGAAAUCUGGUGACGCUGCUAUUGUAGACAUGAUACCAGGCAAACCCAUGUGUGUGGAGAGUUUCUCUGAGUAUCCUCCUCUUGGUCGUUUUGCAGUGCGUGACAUGCGCCAAACCGUCGCAGUGGGUGUCAUUAAGGGGGUUGAGAAGAAGACCUCGACCUCCGGCAAGGUCACUAAAUCUGCCCAAAAGGCCCAGAAGAACAAAUGAAUGUUGUGCUGGGCUGCAAACACUUGGGUCAGCCACACCAUGCCUCCUCUCUUCAACUCCAUAAAUAAAGCUUGGUUAAUUGUCACAAUGCAUCGCAAAAGCAGAAGAAGGAAAAAUCUAAUUUACACCUGCUUGACAAUGAUUAUGAUAGUGAUAAAAAUGUUUAAUCGUAUGUCCUCUUUAAAUUUGAAGUCUUUGUUGUGCUAUUUGUUCUGUUGUUAAACUAAUAAGCACUUUAAGCAGAUCUGCCUCUAGUGGGAGUGUGGAAUUAGCAUUGUUUUUCUGUAUUCCCAGCUUGUGUGCAAUCCCUAAACCCUACUGCUAACAAUGCUUGUGUGACCUUGCUAGCAAUAGUAGCUAACUUUUCCUGCUUCUAGUCUUCUAGGAUUGAGAUUUUAUGUUAAUUCGUUCUGAUUUGAUGUUGUGAUGUAACUUUAUAGUUGCACUCAUUGUCUUUUUUCUGUUAGCAUGAAGCUAAAGUAGCUAGCGCACUUUACUGUCUACCCCAACAGAGCACUAAACAAGCAUGAGCUAUCUUGUUUGCACUUGCACUCAUGUACUUUAAAGAGAAUGUGAUUCUCUGUUAUCUAAUGUAUAUCUGACCAUAAGCAACAAUAAAA